ACGAACAAAUUUCAACCGCCAACACAACCUGACUUUACACCCGUAAUUGGCAUUUUUUUCAAAAUCCUUUGACCGAAAAAAAUAACCAAUAUGUUAAAAAUGAAAAAGCUAAAUACAAGUGAGUAAAAUUUAGUACAGUCUUGCUCACUUCUUAAUUACGCUUGUAAUAAAUGAAUCUUCGAGGGAUCCAUUCCAAUUCCUGGAACAAAGAAAACCAAAAAUAUGCGCUUGAUCCCUGCACUUGAUCCCAACAUGCCGAACGGCACCAACCCUCCUAUCCGGACUUGAGUGUUCCACACUGAAGUGUUGUUCCCACCUCGAAUCAUUCUAUUCGCUAAUAAAUGAGCCACGCCAAUUGAAUCUUCCAUCACUUCAAACCCUCAUCACUAUGGUGCUGAUCGGGUCCGCCAUCUUGCCUCACGCUUCCAUGAUCCUGGACCCGACCCUCGAGGACGUGCCUACGGGCGUGGAUGAGCUUCACUCGGCCGCCAAGUACAUUGGCGAUUACGUGCGCGAUCACGAGCCGGACAUCAUCGUGCUAGCCACACCCCAUGGCUUGAACCUGUCCGACUCGAUUGGGAUUUAUGCCAACCACAUUGCGGCCGGAACCGCCGAGUGGAACGGCCAUUGGGGCGAGUACAAAGUCUCGGUCAACAUCCACGACGACUUCGCCCUCGAGAUGUUCACCCAUCUGCAAAAGAAGCGGGUCAAUUCGAAUUUGAUCCUGCCGUUUGGCGAGCGACCCGCACCCUUGGGCUGGUCCGAGGUGGUUCCACUGUUCUUCAUCUCGGAGCAACGCGGCACCACAGGCACCAGGAAGAGGGUGUGCCCGUACGACGUGGUCAUCAUGACCUCGCCCAUUCAGGAGAAGAAGCACUGGGACGGAGAUUUAGCCGACCUCACGGGUCAAUGCGUCAAAGUGGGCCAUGAACUCUUCGAACUGUUCGAGAGAACGGAUUACCGGAUCUUUUUCCUGGCCAGUGCCAAUCUGUCACCUUGCCACAAGACUUUGGAGGAGAACCCGUUGUUUCUGCCUGAACCUGGAGCGGCAGAAGUUCCCGUUUCCCGCAAGGCCCUUAUUUUUGAUGAGACCAUCGAGCAAUGGAUCCGAUCCGGAUCUCGGACCAUUCUCUUGGAGCGAGCUCUGGGCUUGGCCAUGGAGACCUUCCCGUGCUCAAUGACGAUUUUCGGCAUUCUUCAAGGACUCUUAGACCGAUCCAGCUUUGGCGGAGACAUCUUGGCUCGCCGAGUUCCGACCUAUUUCGGCGUGAUCGUGGCCUUGUUCCAUGCCAAUGAGAAGGGUUGGAAAGUCCUGCCACGCCCUUUCAAUAAAGGCUUGUCCGGUCUGCCCUUAUAGAUUCAUAAUUCAUCUGGCCUUGGGGUAAAUUGGAAUGAUAAACCCCGUUUUGCGACCCUGCUUUGAUCUUAAUCCCGCUCUCUAAAACGUGUCUUCAAUCUCCAACCGUCCGCUAUAAAACGAAAAAAUCGCCGCAAUCAAUUUUCGAGUACUCUGUUUUUUUUCUCUUCAAAAUUUGAGGUAUAUCCAUGGGCGUUCCAGUAAAAUUUCGUGAUCUAGCUCACGGAUCAGUGCUCACAGGUCCCUGGGCUCUGUGCAUGCCAGACUAGCUCUUGAAAUAUGCCAGAUUAUGCCGGAUCAAAGUCUGAAUAUGCCAGAAAGUAUGCCCGAAAGGAAAAAGCAUCCCGUAUUGACAAGUUUCUGCAACAUGUGGAGGUCGUCGUUAUAAUUCAGCUUGAAUCACCAUAAAAGCUAACCACUUGCAGCAAAAAAAAGCA